AUGGAUGCAGCAACAAGAAGAAUAAAUGCUCCAUUACUUCAACAAAGUUCAAACAAGCUUGUUAGAGUCAUAGGUAAAUGUGAAUCUUAUAAUUCAUCAUCACAACAAGGUAUAAUUAUAAGUAAUGGAUCAAUAAAUUUAGAUUUAUCAGCUGCUACAUCAUCAACAUCAGAUAAUUAUAAUCUUUUGGAAAUUAAUAAGAUAUAUGAAAUUAUUGGUAAAGUUUCUAAUUUAAAUGGUGAUUUAAAAAUUAAUGUUUAUUCAACUAUUAAAUUAACUGAUAAUACUAAUUUAAAAGCUGCUGAUAAAUUAGUUGAAUUAAGUAAUAAAGCUACGGAUUUAUUUUAUUAG